GACAAGAUAUUCCAAUAAUUUGGUGGAACUCUAUUGAACCUGAACCAAACUAUCUUCAAGAAUUAGCUAUAAAAAUUUUAGCUAUUGUUCCAAAUAGUACAUCUUGUGAAAGAAAUUUUUCUUUACUUAAUUGGUUAACUAGAAAUAGACGUAUUCAAUUAGAUAUUCAAAAAUUAGAAUCAAUUUCAAAAUUAUGCAUAUUUUAUAAUUCAAAUACAAAAAAAGAACUUUCUUAUUUUGCAAGUAAAAUAAGUGAAAAAGAAGUUUUAGAAAUUUUAAAUCAAACAAAUACUAAAACUUUUGAAAAAGUUUUAGAAAAAGAAGGUUUUGAUAAAAAAGAAUUAUUUUUAAAUAAUAAAAUAUUUUCUGAUGAAAAUAAUGAUGAUGAUGAUGAUUUACUAGAAAUUAGUAAUGAAAAUUUAGAAUAUUUUAGUGAAGAAAAUCAAAUUUUUGGACAAGAUGAAUAUGAUUGGAAUCCUGAAGAUUUAUUAAUUUCAGAUGAUGAUUA